AUGGCAGGGCGAGCGAGGUGGGCCCUGCUGGGGUGGUGCUGUGGUGCCACCGUGAUCCUGGACGAUGCGCCGAGGUCCAAUCCCGCGCGGUACCACGAGCAGCAACAGGACCACUUUGAUCCGGGGAACAACGUCACUUGGCCCCAGGCCUACUACGUGAACGACACCUUUUGGCAGAAGGGCAGCGGCGCUCCCAUCUUCCUCUGCGUGGGAGGAGAAGGCCCGGCGCUGGACGCCUCGGCGGUGCAGAACUCGGUGCACUGCAGCAUCGCUGUGGAGGGGCUCAAAGCCAAGAAGGCGCUGAUGUUUGCGCUGGAACACCGGUACUACGGAUGCCACAACAGAUCGGCAUGCCCAGUACAGGACCUCGCAGGACCGGACGCCCUCAUGUACCUAUCCUCACGGCAGGCGGUGGAGGACAUUGCCAGCUUUGUGAAGGCCAUGAAUGCCAAGUACUCCCUCACGAGGAACCGCUGGGUGACCUGGGGUGGCAGCUACCCUGGCAUGCUGGCCGGGUGGUCGCGGCUGAAGCAUCCAGAGCUGAUCCACGCAUCGGUGGCGAGUUCGGCGCCGGUGUCCGCCACCUUCGACAUGCCAGAGUAUAUGGAUCACAUGGCCUUCGCCUACACUGUUUCCGACAACGCAGUCGGUGGCAGCCCUCAGUGCAGGGACGCCAUCCGAGCCGGGCAUGCCUGGAUAGAGGAGAGCUUCAAGGCGGGGAACUUCUCAGCGGUGGCGACGCGCUUCGGGCUGGCAGAGAAGAGUUUGGACACGUUGGACCAGCGCAUUGCUUUCGCCUCCUCAGGCGUCGCGGACUUUCCGGCACAGGAGAACGACCCCCUCUGCGAGCAGCCUGCCUGCAACAUCGCCAAGGUGUGCGCCAUCAUGACCAAUAGCACCUUCGGGGAUGAGGUGGAGCGCCUGCUGCAGCUGCGGAAGGCACAGGGCGUGGCCAAGUUCUCACGGCGAGGCCGCUGGCAGGCGCAGCUCGCGUCCGGGAGCUCCUCGCUCAGGCUGGGCCUGAAUGGCGUCUACGAGGCCAAGGACGAGCUGCCGGACUUUUGGUUCUUCCAGACCUGCAGGGAGUUUGGCUUCUACCAGACCUGCGAGGCCACAGGUGGCUGCAUGUUCGUGCGGGACCUCGCCAACGUCAGCUACUAUGCAGCGAAUUGCAUGAAGCUCUACAACAUCACACUUGGGGACGUCCAGUCCAACAUUGAUGGCACCAACUACCACUACGGUGGCCUUCUUCCGACUGGGACCAAGGGACAGCUUGGCAGGUGCGUGAUGUUCCCGAACGGCGAGGUGGAUCCUUGGUCCACUCGCAGUGUACUUCAAUCCCCUGGCAAGGAUUUGCCGACCUUGUACGUGUCCGGGGCCUCGCAUCACGCAUGGACAUGGCCCUCCCGGAAAGGGGACCAGGAGUCAGUGAUGGCGGCUCGCACCAAAAUUCGGGAGCAGGUGGAUGCGUUCUUUCAGAUGGACUGCGAUGAGGAUGCCCCACAAGGGCAGACGCCCCGGAGCCCCGUGCUUUUGAUCUCGCUCAUCGGCGUGGCAACACUGGGGAUCGCCACCUGCGCCUUUGUGAGAUGCAGGAGACCGCGGGUGGCAUCCGCAAGGCAGCCGCUGACGACGAGCUUGCAGCCUGCAUAG